CGUCGUUCGCGCUGCCUGAAUGUUGUUGUUCUCCUCCUGCGUUCGAGCGGUAUUUUUGGUCAGGAAUCGAGUCCAAUCGGAACGGAUCGCAACGCGCUGAAUAAAAACACGUUUCGCCCCAAAAAAAAUUACAUCUUUGGGUAUUCCUGGAGCGCGCACAUUACCAUCUGGUAAUUCGUUCUCUUCCGUAAAAUCGUAGAAUCGCCAUCGCCCUCGCCCUUGUGGCGCAUGAUUUGAAUAGCUGGCGUUGUUUGUUUGUUUGUUUGUUGGCUGUUUGCUGCCUCAACCAUAACAAAGAAGGCACAAAAGCACGAGCACGCGUAUCUCUGUAUCUCUAAAUAUCUAAAAACGCUCCGAGCGGUCCAAGUGUUUAUAAAAGUAUAUAAAAAUGUGCGAGGGAGCGGUACUAUGAACUAUCUCAUCUGGCAGUGGCCAAAAAAGAUAUAAUGCUAAUAGACCAAAAACACGUUUUAUGCCAUUUGUGUUUUGCUUUUCUCGAAAAAAACCCUCAUCCCAACCGAAAUCCAAAGAGCUGAACUGAGAGGGAGUCAACCUACAUUAUUCAUGUACUUCCAAUGCAGAUGCCAAUCCUCAGUGAAUUCAAUUAAAUAGAAGCAUUCUUCGAGAGUCACAAGUCACUACACAUCACAAAACAAGCUGAAUAACCGAGCAUAAAUCAAUUGAGCCAAAUGCUGAUGCCAUAUGCCAAUAGCAAUUGCACGAAACAAAACUAAACGGAUUCUCAAACGAAACCCCACAAAUGAAAGCCAUGAAUGAGCUACAGGCCUCCAGUGUCCCGCUGGUGGACAAGUGCUCCUCCCACGCCGUCGUACUGCCGGCGGCCAAAAGCCCCAACAAAGUGUCCGAUUCGGCGGCCACAACAACACCCAACGCCGUUUUAUACACAAGCGGUAACAUGUCCCUAACAACGCUCUCCACUGGCAGCAGCAUCCCAAUUGCGAAUCCGAAUCCCAAACAGGAGCCAGCGCCGCUCCUCAGCCAGCUGAAGUUGACCAACGACUUGAAGCCGAACACUCACGGGUCCCAGAACAACCUAUGCAAUGGCGGCUUGGGCAGCAACAACCAUGCCUUGGCGCCCAAGGUGGCCAACAAUAGUGGCAGUAGUGCCAAUGGCCAGAAAAAGGGCACCAUCGCCCUGUCACAUCUGCCCCAACGACCGCCGGUGGACAUCGAGUUCUGUGAUAUCUCCUACUCGGUCGCCGACGGCCAUCGGCGGGGAUUCAAGACCAUCCUCAAGAGCGUCUCGGGCAAGUUCCGAAAUGGCGAGAUCACAGCCAUUAUGGGACCCUCCGGUGCCGGAAAAAGCACGCUGAUGAACAUCCUGGCGGGCUACAAGACUGCUCAACUUAGUGGUUCUGUGCUGAUCAACAGCAAGGAGCGAAAUCUGCGGCGCUUUCGGAAGCUCUCCUGUUACAUCAUGCAGGACGAUGUGCUGAUUGGCAAUCUAACUGUUCGCGAGGCCAUGAUGGUGGCCGCCAACCUCAAGCUGGGCAAGAAUAUGAUCAGUUACGCCAAAGUGGUCGUUGUUGAGGAGAUCCUCGAGACGAUUGGCCUAAAGGAGUCGGUAAACACCCUGACAUGCAACCUGUCCGGUGGCCAAAGGAAACGGCUAUCGAUCGCCCUCGAAUUGGUCAACAAUCCACCCGUGAUGUUCUUCGACGAGCCCACCUCCGGACUGGACAGUUCAACCUGCUUCCAGCUCAUUUCGCUGCUGAGAUCACUAGCCCGCGGAGGACGCACCAUAGUCUGUACAAUUCACCAGCCGUCGGCGCGACUUUUCGAGAAGUUCGAUCAUCUGUAUUUGCUGGCCCAGGGACAAUGUGUCUACGAGGGCAGAGUGAAGGGCCUGGUGUCGUAUCUCUCUUCCUUGGGCUACGAAUGCCCUUCGUAUCACAAUCCUGCCGAUUACGUUUUGGAAGUGGCCUCUGGCGAGUACGGAGAUGCUGUACCGAAACUGGUGCAGGCAGUGAAAAGUGGAGCUUGCAAAAAGUAUGCGCAAAAGGAUUAUGUACAAACCUUGGCCCAAAAGAGCUGCAACAAUGAUAUCGUCAAGGGCAGUGGAAGUGGGGCGGAGAAUACGACAGCUACGUUAACCCUGCAGGAUGAGAAGCCGCCACUGGAACGCUCCAGUGCCGAAGAUCCCGCGGAGCUAAAACCACCGAAGCUGGAGUCUCAACAGUCUCAAAACUCCGACUGCAGCGUUGUGAAUAUGCCAACCACUGGUGUGGACGACAGUUGCAGCUUCAGCUCUUCGAAGGGCACCCAAAAUGCGGUGGGUUCGGGCUCGGGCGGACCCAGUGCCGUUGUGGGCUGCAUGACCUCGCUGCUGGACUCGCACGAGAGCGUCGUCACACUGCCCAACAAGACGGGUUUCCCCACCAGCGGAUGGACACAGUUCUGGAUCCUGCUCCAGCGCUCAUUUCGCACCAUUCUACGCGACAAAAUGCUGACCCACAUGCGGCUCUUCUCACACAUCAUUGUGGGAGCAAUCAUCGGAAUGAUCUACUAUGAUGUGGGCAACGAGGCCAGCAAAAUCAUGAGCAAUGCCGGUUGCAUCUUCUUCGUCUCACUGUUCACCACCUUUACGGCAAUGAUGCCCACCAUUCUGACCUUUCCCACUGAAAUGUCAGUGUUCGUGAGGGAGCAUCUCAAUUACUGGUACUCACUGAAGGCUUUUUACUUUGCCAAGACCAUAGCGGACCUGCCUUUUCAGAUCGUAUUCUCCAGCGUCUAUGUUCUAGUGGUGUACUACCUAACAUCGCAGCCGAUGGAAUUGGAGCGGGUGUCAAUGUUUGUGCUCAUCUGCGUGCUUAACUCACUGGUGGCACAAUCGCUGGGACUGCUGAUCGGGGCGGGGAUGAAUAUCGAAACGGGCGUAUUCCUCGGUCCCGUGACUACUAUACCCACGAUUUUGUUUUCCGGGUUCUUUGUUACCUUUGACACCAUACCUGGCUAUCUGCAAUGGGUCACGUACGUCAGUUAUGUGCGCUAUGGGUUCGAAGGUGCCAUGGUGGCGAUCUAUGGAAUGGAUCGGGCCAAGAUGGAGUGCAACCAAAUAUAUUGCCACUAUCGUGUGCCAAAGAAGUUCCUCGAGCAGAUGUCCAUGGAAAAUGCUCUGUUUUGGGUGGAUGCCGUUGCCCUGAUUGGAAUCUUCUUUGCCCUGCGCAUCGUGGCAUAUUUUGUGCUGCGAUGGAAACUGCACAUGAUCCGCUAAACGGACGAUUCGCGGGAUUUGUUCAUAGUCUAGGGUUAUCAUUAGUAUCAUACGUUAGAGAUCACCUGUACAUAGAAAACAAAAAAAGGGCAAGGAAGGUGGGGA